CUUUCGAAGUGAGAAAUGCCAUGCAUUAUUGUCGUCUAAAUCAUAAACCAGGAAAAGAAACAAUGUGAAAAAGUGGCUUCUCCAAUUUGGUUUCCCUUUUUAAAAAGAUUCCGAAACCAAAUGACAAACCAUCUUCCUAACUUAGUAGUAGUACUAGACCCCCCUCCCUCCCUCCCUUCCCCACCCAACUAGUGAUGUAUCUUUCUAUAUAUAAUUUAUAUUCACAUGCUCAACCCUUGUAUUCAUCCAAUCCACACAUACUCAUAACAACACCAAGAAAGGAUAAACAAGUAAAAGCUAUGCCGAUCCGAUCUAGCCCUUUCUUCAAUAUGGAGAGCUCGGCUGUGCUCUCUAUGUUGCGGCACACCGGCAAGUCCAUGGAUUCUAAACAUCCAAAGAAAUCUUCUGGAAGCAUCAGUGGCGGGGUACUCAAAAUGUUCAAACUCUUGCCAAUGCUAUCAUCCGGUUGCAAGAUGGUGAACUUGUUAAGUAGAGGGCAUCGAAAACCCUUACUUAAAGACUUUGCAACUACGGGAACAAUAUUCGGUUUUCGCAAAGGAAGAGUGUUUCUUGCAAUACAAGAAGAUCCUCAUUGCCUGCCAACGUUCAUCAUCGAGCUCCCCAUGCUGACCUCGGCGCUGCAGAAGGAGAUGGCCUCGGAGACCGUGAGGAUUGCGCUGGAAAGCGAGACGAAGACACCGAGGAAGAAGGUGUUGGAGGAGUUUGUGUGGGGGAUUUACUGUAACGGACGGAAAAUCGGGUAUUCGAUAAGGAGAAAGAACAUGAGCGAGGAGGAGAUGUAUGUGAUUGAUGCACUAAGAGGUGUUUCCAUGGGAGCUGGAGUUUUACCAUGUAGAGACCAAUACGAGCAAGAGACAGAAGGAGAAAUGACUUACAUGAGAGCUCGUUUCGAUAGAGUUGUUGGGUCUAAGGACUCUGAAGCAUUGUAUAUGAUUAACCCUGAAGGUAGUGGUCAGGGUACAGAGCUUAGUAUCUUCUUUCUCCGGUCUCAUUAAUUGUUGUUACACGUUUCUUUUUGUUGGAAAAAUUACCCAAUAUCGAUGAGACGAAGAUGAGAUUAGACAACUAAAAUAUUUAAGAAGAAGACUCUUUAUAAUUUUGGAAAGGGUUUACAAAAAUUUUGUUUUGAGAACUCUCUCUUACAAAUGUUUUCUCUCUUUGUUUU